GCCCGAGAAGCUGGACACAUUCGGCCGGCACCAGCAGGGAUCCCUCGACAUGGCCAUCCAGCUGCUUGUACUCGCCACUGCGAUCACUGCCACAAGAGCCGGCCUGCUCGGCGCACCAGCCGUUUCCACAUACGCCGCCUAUGCCACCCCAGCACACAAGGUCGCUGCCCCCUUCGCCAAGGCUGCAGCGCCCAUUUUAUAUCCAGCGGCACCGGCCCAGUACAGCUACGCUUACGAUAUCCAGGACGCUGUCACCGGAGACUCGAAGAGCCAGCAUGAGAGCCGCAGCGGAGACGUCGUCCAGGGCAGCUACAGCCUGCUGGACCCGGACGGAACCCGACGCACUGUGGACUACACCGCUGACCCCGUCAACGGUUUUAAUGCCGUUGUGCACAGGGAGCCCGUCGUUUAUGCCGCCCCCACCGUGGCUAAGGCAGUAGCUCCCGUGGCAUAUGCCGCCCCCACAGCAUACGAGGCUCAUAAUGCACCUGUCGCUUAUGCCGCCCCCACUGUAGCUAAGGCAGUCGGUCCAGUUGCAUAUGCCGCCCCCACAGCAUACGCGGCUCAUAAUGCACCUGUUGCUUAUGCCGCCCCCACUGUAGCUAAGGCAGUCGGUCCAGUUGCAUAUGCCGCCCCCACAGCAUACGCGGCUCAUAAUGCACCUGUUGCUUAUGCCGCCCCCACUGUAGCUAAGGCAGUAGCUCCCGUAGCAUAUGCCGCCCCCACAGCAUACGCGGCUCAUAAUGCACCUGUCGCUUAUGCGUCUUAUGGCGCCCCUCUGUCUUACGGCGCCCCUCUGUCUUAUGGCGCCCCUCUGUCUUAUGGCGCCCCUCUGGCAUAUGGCGCCCCCACACUCGCUCACGCUCCCGUUGCAUAUGCCGCCCCAGCCGUAGCUAAGGUCGCAGCACCGCUCGCCUAUGCUGCCCCAGCCGUUGCUAAGGUAGCUGCCAUAGACACCGACUACGACCCCAACCCCCAGUACAGCUUCGCUUACGACAUCCAGGACGCUCUGACCGGAGACUCCAAAGGACAACAUGAGACUCGAAGCGGAGACGUCGUCCAGGGAAGCUAUAACCUGGUGGAACCCGACGGCACCCGUCGUAUUGUCGAGUACACCGCUGAUCCCUUGAACGGAUUCAAUGCCGUAGUACACCGUGAACCUGCUGUUGUCGCCGCCCACGUCGCUAAAGUGGCUGCUCCUGUCGCUUAUGCCGCCCCCACUGCACACCUAGCUUAUGGUGCUCCUGGUGUUGCCAAGAUUGCUGCCCCGCUGGGAUAUGCCGCCCCAACCGCUUAUGGCUCCCCUCUGGGAUACGCCGCCCCAACCGCUUAUGCCUCCCCUCUGCACACGAAGGCCAUUAUCGGGUAAUUACACAUCAUCGCUCACAGGUGCAUCUCAGUAAAUUUUCAUCCCACUAUUCAUUUGACUCAAGCCAAAUGCAUUUAUAUGUCAGAUAAAUAAGUGAAUAAACACUGUAAAAAAGCUA